AUGAGAGAGAAUCAUCCACCAGCUGUCUCUUGCAUGGCCCCUACUGGGGAUGUGCCCGCAACCAAGAUGCCGGUGCUGAAGCAGCUGGGCCCCGCGCAGCCCAGGAAGCGGCCAGAGCGCGGCGCCCUGUCCAUCUCCGCGCCACUCGGCGACUUCCGGCACACGCUGCACGUGGGGCGCGGCGGCGACGCCUUCGGGGACACCUCGUUCCUGAGCCGCCACGGCGGGGGGCCGCCCCCCGAGCCCCGCGCGCCGCCCGCGGGGGUCCCGCGCCCCGCGCCGCCGCCCGCCGCGCCCCAGCCGCCGCCGCCCGCCCUGCGCGCGCCCGCGCCCGCCGACCCGCUGCUGUCCUUCCACCUGGACCUCGGGCCCUCCAUGCUGGACGCCGUGCUGGGCGUCAUGGACGCGGGGCGCCCCAGGGCCGCCGCCAAGCCCGGCGCCGACGCGGACCCCGGCUCCGGGGCGCAGCAGCAGCAGCAGCAGCAGCUCCCCGGGGCCCGCGGCCGCCCCAGCGCGGACCUGGAGCUGGACGACGUCAUUGGCCUGUAG